ACUCCCACAGUGUUUGUGGCGGGCGCCACGGGACGCCUGGGUGCACGAAUUGUGCGCGAGUUGCUUGGGCAGGGCUUCAAGGUGCGGGCCGGCGUGCGCAGCGCUGAGAAAGCCGAGAAUUUCCUCUCUAUCGCCUCCAGCUAUGGCCUGCUCAGCAAGGAGGAGCUGGGACGCCUACAGGUGCGGCGCAGCCCUGCCAUGUAUGGAGCCCAUGUGGUGUGCGCCGUGGGCGCAUCUGAGAGCGAGCUGGGUGACUUGUCAGCGCCGCGCCGCAUCGAUGGCGAUGGCGCAACCCGGCUGGUGCAGGCGGCGACCACUGCCGGAGUGGACCAGUUUGUCCUGGUGACGUCUCUGGGCACCGGCAAGAUUGGCUUCCCUGCAGGCGUGCUCAACCUGUUUGGUGGCGUGCUGGUGUUCAAGCGCAAGGCUGAGGAGGCGCUGGAGGCCAGCGGCCUGCCCUAUGUCAUCGUGCGUCCGGGCGGCAUGGAGCGGCCGCGAGACGACUACAAGCUGACCCACAACGUCAAGCUGGCCACUCGGGACAAGCUGUUUGGCGGGCAGGUGUCUCGCCUGCAGGUGGCGGAACUGGUGGCCGCCGCUGUGGCCAACCCUGAGCUGGCCGAGAACAAGGUGCUGGAGGUGGUGGCCGAGACGGCGGCGCCAAUGCGCAGCUACGACGAGCUGCUCGCG